CACUGUUGGGCAGACAUACAGAGAGCACUGCAGCAGUGACUGACUGACUGACUAACUAUUGGAAAAUAUAAUAACACAAAAAUAGUACUGAAGAAAACAUCCUCUCGUUUUGUCAAAUGUUUAAUGGCGGUAAACAGCCUCAACAAAAACUAAAUCACUGCUACAGACAUCAAGAUAAAGAAGUAUGGAGGAUUCCUGUCUGGUCCGAUGUGACAGCCUGGAUGCUGGGUCAGGGAGUGACAGGGAGUUGAUGACCUCCAUCGACCAUAUAACCCUUGACCCUGAGGGCUCUGAGCCCACAGCAAACCUCGAGCCUUCGCCAGCAGAACUGGCUCAGUGUGAGGCUGACGUGGGCACGUUGCUUAACAUCAUUGCUGAACUGAACAAGAAGAUGGGCUCAUUAAAGGCACCAAGUGAACCAGGAGACCUGAGACCACCAGGACCAUCCAGGCCUCUGGUUCCAGACCUCCUGUCCCACAGGGUGGCCAGAAGCAGCCCAGAGAGGAAGACUGCCUCUGCUCCACUCCAACCUCCACUGAAUGACAGAGGGGGCGGUGGUGUAGUGUGGACUAAACUCCAGGCGGUUUUAACGUCAGUGGAGGACUCUAUCAGCUGUAAAAGGUCCUGGGCUGCCCCCAUCACAGCUUCUGAUCAGGAUAAGCACAGAGAGCAUCUGAGAGCAGCCCAGGAGAGCUGGGUCAAGGCCACUCAGAUAUUGGAGGAGAUGGAAAUAGAGUUUGGAAUUUCAUGCCCACCAGGCCUGCCGAAGGACCAGUAUCCAGAGGCCAUCCUGGAUCUGGAGAAGCGAGAUGCUGCUCUCAGAAGCACCUUUCAGAGUCACCAGGAGGAGCUUGAGAGAGCACAAAGCACCGUCAGCCAGAUGGAAGAGGAGAAGAACAAGCUGGUCGGUCUCCAUAAAGCCUGGAGGUCAGGCAGUCGCUCUCCUUCCUAUCGGCCCACCGCAGGGGCUCUUAGUCCAGACUGGGCUUCUCCUCCCUUCCCUGGUUCACCGUUACUCUACAGAAGAGCAGCCAGAGCUGUAACACCUCUGUCUGUGGGUGAGGAUGGUUCUCCAGUAGGCUCUGGUAACUCAUGUAGUCCUUGUCGCAGCCCCAUCAGCCUGGACUCUGAGACAGAACGACUGAACAGGUGCAUUGAGCGGCUGAGGGCCAGAAAUGAACGGCUGACUGCAGCUCUGGAGCGAACGAAGGGAGAGUCCGAACAGAUCAGUAUUACACUAAACAGACUUGAGGCUAACUGCUCUGCCCUGCAGAUGGCUCUCAGCUACUGUGAGGAGUGUGAAGAGGCCUACAGCGAGCUGUUGUCACUUUAUGAUGCCAAGAAGCAGCAUAGCAUUCCUCUGCAGACAGACUCAGCAGGGGCGGUCGGUGACAGCCAGCAGCCAGACAGUCCGUCAGCUCAGCUCAUAAAAAUGGGAACUGAAGAGCUGUCCACUUCCUUCUCAACAGCAGGAGUCACAGAGGGGACGGAAACACAGAGUCACACAGGGCACAGGUCAGGUCACUCACUACCUGUAACCCACAGGACACCUGAGCUGGUGGGGCGAGAGGCUGUUCUCCGUCAGCAAAUUGAGCACCUGAAGAGGGAGCGGGCAGCCAUUUGUCUACCUAAACCGAGUCCAGGAUCAAGAGGGGGACAUGUGACUAAAGAUAACGCCAAACCUCCUGAUACAAAAAAAGAGAAGGCUUCCCUCUUCUAUGAACUCAUCUCUGUCAGGGAGGAGAUGUCAGAUCUGCGAGCUCUAAUCCGCCUCAAGGAGAAAGAGCUGAGGUGUUUGGAGUGGGGUUUUAUGGCCCAGAAGGCCCAGGAAUCAGCUGGAACUUUUGCUCCAGAAAGCCUCAGAGAGGAGAUGGAGGAUCGUAAGACCGAACAACAGAAGCUCUGUGAAAAUGGGGCUGAACUGGGUAAUGAUGGGGACAUCGCUGAUGCUAGAACCAGACCCAUUCUGAAAGAGCUGCAGGCUGUCCUGCAAAGGGAACAAGCCCUUAAGAAGAGACUGGCUUUAGUCCAAGACUCACUUAACACAGCUCUGUCAGACAGCACCCCGCACAGGAGGGACAAUGGAGAGCAGAUUGCUCGGCUCACACAAGCUCACAGUAAAGCCUUGAGUUCGUACCGGCAGAUUCGCAGGAAGUACCGGGAGCAAGUGUGGAGGCUGGAGCAGAAAGUGGCGGCCAUGACGGAGAGUGACCACUACCAGAGUGGAGCUCAGAAAGCUGCAGGGGAAGCCUUGGAGUGGAGGAGGGAAGAGACUGUUCUGUGAUCCUGUGACUCUUCAGUCAGAGAAUCAGCCUCAUAAGUGUCAGGUUUAUCCACAUAAACUACAAUGGACAGCCCUGCUAAAUCCAAGUCCCUCAUAUGCUGUACACCAUUCAGAUAGAAGCCUUACCACUGCAGACUCUUUUAGUCAUGCUAGCAGCUUGGCUAUAUGAUUAGCAAUGUUGGCUCACCACUUUGGUAGAGACUGAAAUAUCUUAUUAACUGUUGAAUGGAUUGAAUGAAAUUUAGUUCAGAUGUCCAUCGUGGCCAGAGGAUGAAUUCUACUGACUUUGGUGAUCCCCUGACUUUUCCUCUAGCGCCACAAUGAGGUUGAUAUUUGUGGUUUUGAGCGAAAUGUCCCAACAAGUAUUAGAUGGCUUGCCAUGAAUUUUGGUGCACACAUUGAUGUCCUAUUCAGGAUGAACGUUGGUGAUCCCUUUACUUUUCAUAUAGUGCUGGUUAGCAAAUAUUAGCAUGUUAAUCUACAGCAGUCUUCCAAUCAUCCAUUGGCUCUAGAGAGGUAAAUAUAGAGUAGGGAAGUAGUCAGACAUGGAAAACAUUGUCAGUUCUGCCUUUUCAACCCAUCUGAGAGUCACCAAUAAACUGAACAGGAAUCCAAAGCCUAACUUUUCUAACAGGACUCACACAUCACAAGACACAUUCCUUAUGUCUGAGAAACAGCUGUCAUGAAUGUGAGAGGCAGGUUCAAGGACUGAACCCUCUGAGGAUCUCGGGACUGACCUCGAAAGCGCACAUGUCCUUUUCCCGUCUGUACAAGCCGACUGUAUAAAGACACUCCUGGCCUGCCGUUCGCUCGUCACAAAGCUCAGAGAAGGGGGAUGGGGGCCAGGACAAUAGCUGAUGUGUACACAAAAUGUACAGCCAGCCCAUUUGUCUUCUUAGCACUUUCAUAGUGCUCCCCAUCUUGCUCUCUCUGCCUUUCAGUAUUUCCACUUCUCUACAAUGGUUUAUUUGUAGCCAGCUAUGACAAGAAAUUGCUGUAAAGCUGAAAAGAUAUUAUUAGUAUACUUUUUUUUGGAGAGUUUAAAGAGCACUCCACAAACUCAAGAUGAACAGUUUAAAAAAGGAUUAAAAUGAAUGCAGCAUAACCAUAUAAAGAUAUGAUCUUUUUCAUCUUUAUCCACGCAUUCUUCUUCCUUGUCAAAACCUGGUGCGACAUUACCCACAAUGCAAAUUGACUGUCAACCGCUUGGUCAGACAUUAGAGUGUGUUAUGCUAGUAGCAGCUAAUGUAGCAUUGAGUCGUUAGCCUUUAGUAGAGACAGAAAUUGGGUAAAAGUGGAUAAUUUACAUGCAACAAUAUUUGUAUUUAAAAUAAUGUAUUAUCAAUUAACGGUUUAAAUAUGUAAUAAUUGGAAAUAAGAAUGUAUAGCGUUUGUAUAUAUGUCUAAGUUGUACUCUUUGUUCUAUAUUAUGACAUUUUUGUUCUAUACUGUUACAUAAUGUUCCCAGAUUUGAAAACCCAAUAAAAGUGUAAUCC